UGUAGAGCAACAGCGCUGUUUUCUAAUUCUUUAUUUCAUUAUUUUGUUUUACUCACUUUUACGUUUCCUACAUUUUUACGAAUCUUUUCAAAUUUAUAGUACAAAUUAAUGAAAGUGCAUUUUUAGCAAACUUGAUACCUCAAAUUUCCUAAAACAUGGCCUCAAUUGUCGGAUAUGUGCCCCUCUUGGGAGAGGGAGAAGCUAUGCCGGCAUGGAUGCACUUUGACUGGAGCGCUAAAGUGCAGCAUGAUAUCUAUAGAGAUUGGGGCACUUACUACUCCAGUCGGCGUCGCGAGAACUUUGCACUUUACUACCUGACCCAAGCGCUGUUGCUGCAAAACGAUGAUUGGAGUACGAUGUACAGACGUAGUUUAACCAGGGGCAAAGCAGCAGACAUUCCGGCGGCAUUACUAGAUGCCAUUACAGCUGAAGAAAUGGCCUUAAAUGAUGUGGGACCCAAUUGUCCGAUUAAUUUACAAAUAUGUGACUGUCUAUUUAAUCUCAACAAGUUCGAAGCGUGCAAAGGCACUCUGCAUAACAAUUUAAGGCGAUUCAUGGGUAUUAAAGCCAAGAACUUUGAGAAGCGUCUCAUCGUGAUUGACGAUGUAAUUCGAGACGUUACGGGCAAGGCUCUGUCUUUAUUCUAUCUGAGAAACCAGAAGCUGGUGCGACACGUGAGUGAAUUGAUCAGGGCGAGUGAAAUUGUCGAUGAUCGUCCGAAGUGGAAGAUAUUGAAAGAACAAGGAAAAUGUGAUAUACAAAGCAUACCAGAUGAAGAGGAAAUAUUUUUGUCUCCUUUGGAGAUAGCUCGACGAAAGCGCGCCUUCAAUGUUAUCCAUCAGACUUAUUUGAAUGAGUCGUGGUACGAUGUUCUAUUCCUGAAAAACUUACGCACAAAUCCCAGUUUGCUGCUAAGGCAAUGCAAGAAUUCGAGACAGUUUCUUGAAACACUGGUUAAUAAACAAUAUGAUGUUGUUCGACGGUUCAUAAAAAUGAUUCAUAGCCGCAGUCCACUUUACUAUGUGAGCUUCCUCAAGUUCAAGAAUAAGAAAAUGCUGGAAAAGAAUAAGGAGGCAUAUCUGUUUCGCAUUCAGUAUCAGACGCAUCGUAAUAUGAUUCAUGAUUUACGUCAAAUUCAUAAACUGAGAAAGGAGAAGAAAGUCAAACAACUUUCCUCCUAUGCUGAGAAAAUCAUGGGCGAUUACUAUGUGACGAAGACGAAUCGUGUUAUGUGCUGGAAGUUUGAGUUCUACAACGAGGUCUACAAUAGCGUGGCCCUUGCACUUGCCGAGCAGUAUUCGGCGCCCAAGGAUAUCAAAAAAUCGAAAAUAACAUUGCUUGAAAUGCUCCUGCUGCCAAAGGACAAAUUCAAGGAAGCUACACCAUUCGUGUUUGGCGAUCGAUCAACGUAUACAGAUGGUGAUUAUCAGGAUCCGGUUGCAAUAAGGUCAAGAAAACUUAUAUCUCGACUGGAGAAACGCAUUCGAUUCGCCAAAUUUUCGAUUGAGAAAUGUUAUCUAUACCACCAGAUAGGCGACAUUCAUUUGAGCCAAUUACGUUACGACGAAUGCUGCUUAAAUGCGCGUAGAGCCAUCAAAGAAACACAAAACUGCAAUAGCAAUAUCUGGAAGUUCCUUAGCAUGCUGCUGAUAAUCAAGGCAAACGCCUUGCAGCAAAAGGUAGAGAAGACAAAGGAAGCUGCCGACGAGGCAAUACCUGUUGCCGAACAGCUGAAAUCACCAAGACUGAUGAAAUUUAUAGAUGCUUGCUAUAAUUUCGCUGUCGACGACUUCCGUCGCAAAGCAGCGUCAUUAGCGGUCGCACGGGCCAGCCGAGCAUCCCUAGGAGAUUCUCUAGGUAAUGAAGCGGAAUAAAUUUAAUACCAAAUAAACAUAUAAUUGAUUUUGCGCAUACAAUCAAAAA